UUGCUUUACCAUCACCAUUCAGUAGAAAUGGUGUGUUUUAAACCUAAAUUUUCUAAAUCUCUAAAUCUGUGAAUUUGCAUAAGUUUUUUUUUACAUUGAGUGGUUUAGUUUCAGUGAUUGUGAGUAGUUUUACGUGUUGUGGGUUAACUUUUACAGUUAGAUGCAUCACAAUCCUCAUCAACAUAAACACUGCAGUGGAGGAAGCAAAGACCAUGUCUUGAAAUCUCAGCACUCACAAAAACAGAAGAAGAGAGAAAAGACAAACAAGAACCCCCGUGAUGGUUCCAACUUGCUCUCUGUAUUUUGUUACUGGUGGCUGGUGUCGUUGUUUUGGAGAGGAAAGAAGAAAGAGCUUGAACCAGAGGACAUCUACGAUGUGUUGGACGGACUCGAGAGCGAACAACUCGGAGAAAGAUUGGAAAGGGGUUGGACCAAUGAGCUGCUGUUUGCUAUGGACACCUCACGAGAGCCUAGAUUCACCAAAGCGAUCUGGUUCGCUUUCGGAGCUUCAUUCGUUAUUCUCACAGCAAGUUUGCUCUUUGUCGAGGCACUUUAUAUCUGCCAAGGCGUGGUGUUGUACUGGUAUGUGUUGUCGUCCGUGUCUCAGGAGUAUCUCCUCUCUCUGUCGGUGUCGUCUGCGCUCUCCAUCAUGUUGCACCACGGAUGGAACGCCGUUGCAAUGACAGUCGGAACACAGCUGCGCAUCUCCUGCCACAGCCUCCUGUGUAAAAAAGUACUGAAGCUGGACGUCAAUAUAAACCGGGUUAAAGAUAUCAAUGAGAAAAUGGGUCAGGUGACGGAGGGGCUCGUGUUGGCAGAACUGGCGAUGGUCAAGGCUCCGUACAUCCUGAUUGGUCCUUUUUACGCUCUCUUUGUCCUGACAGUUCUGUGGGUCUACUUUGACAGGACGGCAAUCGUCGGCAUCGUCAUUCUACUGACAGUCCUCAUACCACUACUGGUGAUGAGUAGACAAGUAGCCACUAGAAUUCUCAACCAAUGUCUGCCUACCAAGAGAGAGCGACUGUUCCUAUUGGAGGAGGCAGCCACAGGAAUGUUUCAGAUUAAACAGAGAUCUCUCACAGAAGUGGUUCACAGUAAGAUAGCCAGCGUUCGCAGGAAGGAGAGUACUGCUAUGGGGUACAACGCUAUACUACACACAAUGGUGGCCUCAAUACAGGCACACGGCUCCAACCUCAUGAUCUUACUGUCUGUUACUGUCUACACUCUGGCGCAACAGGCGUUCAGCGAACAAGAUGCUUUCCUGAUUUUGUGUUUGGUCCAGACGUUGACAAACCCUCUCUGCAUAAACCUGCCAAUGGGGUUCAGUCUUCUGACCAAACUGACUACCACGAUACAAGUCCUUCAGGAGCUGCUAGUGAUGGUGGACUGUCCAGAGCAAGGUAGACAUGAGGCAGAGUUACCAGCAGAACAGAGGAUCUGUGUGUCUGAUGCGACAGCUCAGUGCUGCUCUGUUGGACCAGUGCUGCUCAGCAAGAUCAGCUUCUGUGUCAGAGAGGGUCAGAUACUGGCAGUGGUGGGACCUUGGAGGGCUGGCAAGACCCCGCUGCUGUAUCUACUGCAAGGCGAGGUGGACACGUGUUCGGGCAGUGUGGCCAUCAAAGGUCGCACAGUCUAUUGCCCUCACACACCCUGGCUGCUGCCGGCCGCCUCCGUCAGGGACAAUAUCGUCUGCGGCAAACACAUCAACGAACAGAGACUGAAGCUGGUGUUGGAGGUUUGUGGUCUCAUCAGAGACGUCCAAGAUUUGCCUAAGAAAGAGAUGACAAUCAUCGGAACUGAGGAUGGAGUGGCUCUCACACUUCAGCAAAUUUCCAAGAUCAACUUGGCCAGGACGCUCUACCACGACUGUGACAUCUACCUGCUGGAUGAUCCGUUCAGAUGGCUCGGCAGACAAGUGUCCGACAGGAUCUUCACUCGAUGCGUCCUGAGAUUGCUGAAGGACAAAACUGUGGUUUUGGUCACUGACAAACAUCGACACCUCGUGAAGGCCGACCAAAUCAUUGCUCUGCGGAACGGCAAAAUGGAAGGGUACGGCACAUUUGAUCAGCUGGUACCCACCAUCGCCAGCCUGGAACAAUCAACGGAUCUGACCUCUGAUGACCUUGACACUGAUAGUGAGGACUCAGACAUGGACGAGCCUUCCACCACCAGCUCCAACCACAAUCUCAACAUCGUGGAAUGUUCCUACAAGUACUGCCGCAGAUACUCCUACUACCCUCAGCCACAAAGCCCUGUUUUGAAAGCUGCUACUGCAACAAAGUCUGGAGGUAUGAGGCAGGAUGAUCCGCAGUCUGUGUUGCUGCAGAGGCCAGCCUGGUCCCAGGUUUUAAAGAUGGUUGGAGGAGCCCGUAGCAAGGUGGGACUAACCCUGACGUUGCUGGGACUGUUGGCAGCACAAGGAUUGCUGGCUACAUGGGACUACUGCUUUAUCGUUGGUCUGGGUACUAACAGCACACUGUUGUGGGAUGAUUGGCUGAAGACUCCAUUGAACGAGGAGGACACGCCACUACCAGCACUGUGGUACCUUUCCACCGGCGCCGUGCUGGCGGGCAUUGCUGUCAACUAUAACAUAUCAGUGAUGCUGAACAGAGCUGUCAACUUUAUACAUGACUCUCUAGUCAAGGCUUUCCUCCAUACUCCUAUAACAUUGUUGGAUCAACAGAUUCUUAACAAGAUAUUCAGCUGUCUAUCGCAAGAUGUUCGUGUGUUGGAUGAGUUUUUGGUUCCUGCCUUUCUUAAUUUAAUUCAGCAUAGCUUGUUGCUGGUUGGUUGUCUGGGGCUGGUGGUUGUCGCUUACUACUGGUUCAUCAUCCCUACACUGGUCUUGGCAGUGUUCACCGUCUACCUCUUCACAUUGUGCCUUCCAACAACCAAGGCGCUGGAGACCAUAGAGACUAAACUGUGGCGGCCAGUUGAAGCUUACUUCCAGAUGAGUGAAGACGAGAUUGUAACAAUUCGUUCACUAAAAGCUGCAGAGUUCUACAGACGCCAGUUUGCCGAUCAUCAGGACAGACACUCUUCUGCUCUGUUUCUUCUACAGUCCGUCACAGAAGCUCUCAGUUUGUGGCUAAGUCUAGCUUGUGUCGCCUUCACUUCUUGUAUCACCCUAGUGUUCUACUUUAUUGAAGUAGAGAGGUCAGUGGUAGCGCUGGGCACCUACUCCUGUCUGGUGGUCACCAACCUCGUACCAUUCCUUGUGUCUGACUCCACUCUGACCUCUCGUUUGGUGGAAACUAUCAGACACAUGGUCCAGGCCUGCCAACUGCCCAGGGAAACAGCUGACGUGUCUGCUACUCAGGCCUACCAACCCAACACUGAUGUUGUCAACGGCACUGUCAACCCCGCAUUUGCUGGAGACUCAGACUUCCCUGUGGUGUCCCAAAGAUGGCCUUACUCUGGGGAGAUCCAAGCAACAAAUCUAACCCUGACCAACAAGCUGGGGACCCACGCAACCCUGGAAAACCUCAACUUCACCAUCAAACCCAGGGAAACUGUUGGUAUUGUGGGGAGUGGCAAGUCCUCACUGUUGGCAGCACUGCUGAGGCUUGAGGAGCCCACUGGAGGAGGAUGUGUUCUCAUUGACAAACUAGACACAAGAAACGUGUCAAUCAAACUCCUUCGGUCGAGAAUAUCUGUGAUUCCUCGACAUCCGAUCUUCUUCGCGGGAAUAUUGAGGACAAACCUCGACCCUCACGAUCAGCUGACUGACUCCCAGCUGUGGGAAGCCAUUGAUAAAGUAAGGCUCCUUGAUGCAGUGACCGAGCUGCCGUUUGGUCUUCUGACAGAAUCUCGUCACUGGGACAAGACGUUCACAGUGGCUCAGCGACAGUUGUUGCACCUGGCACUCGCUGUCAUUGCUGCCAACCGUAUACUCGUCAUUGACUUGGCCUCUCGCAACACAUCACCUCAGAGUGACCAUGCCCUGGUAACUCUAGUCAGGCAACUGUUGCCAUCUUCUACAGUGAUCAUCAUGACUGAGAGACUAAGACUAGUCAUGGCAACAGACCGCGUGUUGGUGUUGGACAAUGGGAAGAUGGCGGAAUAUGGUCACCCUUAUUUACUACUGCAGAACAAAUACAGCCAUUUGAACAAGAUGAUACAAGAAGCAGGUCCGUCGGAGCUUCACGCAGAACUUGUCAGGAUUGCCAGACAAGCCUACAUGGCAGACAACAAAACUAAUGUGAUUAUAAGGGAAGAGAGUGUGGAUUCAACAAAUUCUACUAAUUAUAUUUAAAACUAGGUUUAAAAUAGUUAUUUGUGUAACUAAUGGACUCGUGUGUAAACAUUUCUCUCGUGUGCAGCAAAGGCAGUUUGCACUCGCGUUACACAUUUUAUUUUUCCUACAGUUACUAUAAAUUAUAUAAAUAAUAAGUCUUUCAAACACUGAACAACACGUUUUUGGUUACCGGUAGGUUACAUCAAAACAUUGAAUGAAAUGGGAAACGUUGCAGCAGCUGAUCUUUAAGUGUUGCCAACUUAUUUUCAAGCGUAUACGGAUUACGUGCAUAAUAAAAGGUGUGCACCAAAGUAAACACUGUUCCCCAAAUUAAGGCUUUCUGUACCUACUAUAAUCUGGGCAAGGGAGCCUACUUUGUCAGGUGACUGUAGGAAAAAAGAAUUUAAUGAGGAUAGACA